AACAAGUGUCCCGAUAGUCCGUCCCCUCACGCGACAGUCCAAAAGAGUUCAGCGCGAUAAAAGUAACACGUUGGCUUGGCCACCGCUCGAUGUCUCCCACAAGUCGGCGACAACGGGCAUGCUCCUUUCCUGUGCACCCUGGACACGGCCCUGGAUCGCAUCGGUGACGAGCCAGUCAUGGAUGGCUUCCUACGUACUGUGCGCUCUGCUGUUUCUAGCGGCUCGCGUCCAAUGCAUGACGAGCGAGGUCCGCGACAGCCUCAGACAGGAGACGAGAGAUCUCUUCUAUCAUGGAUUUGACAACUACAUGAAACAUGCCUUUCCUGAGGACGAGCUGCGGCCCGUCUCGUGCACCCCCCUUACGCGCGACCGAAUGAAUCCGGCGCACAUAGAGUUGAACGAUGUCUUGGGCAACUACUCGCUCACUCUUGUCGACAGCCUAUCGACCCUGGCGAUCCUUGCGUCGAGUCCGUUCGAGAAAGAACAAAGCCGAGCCCUGACGCAGUUCCAAGACGGUGUCUUGAACUUGGUCGAGCAAUAUGGCGAUGGCACGGAUGGCCCCAGUGGAGAGGGCCUUCGAGCAAGGGGAUUCGACGUCGACAGCAAAGUUCAGGUCUUUGAGACUUGUAUCAGAGGGGUCGGCGGCUUGCUAAGUGCCCAUCAAUUCGCUGUCGGCGAUCUUCCUAUUCAUGGUUACAACGCUACGGUCAAGACAGAGGACGGCAGGACAGGCAUACAUUGGAAGAACGGUCUUGUUUAUGAUGGCCAAUUGCUCCGGCUUGCUAAAGAUCUGGCUGAGCGACUCCUACCCGCAUUUCUCACACCAACGGGUCUGCCCUACCCGCGCGUUAAUUUGCGCCAUGGUGUGCCAUUCUAUGCCAAUUCGCCGCUUAAUAUAGAUUCCGAAAGUGGAAAGUACUUGACAAAUGUACAAGGCAACGGAGAGAUCACGGAGACUUGCAGUGCUGGGGCGGGGAGCUUGGUGCUUGAAUUCAGCACGCUGAGCAGGCUAACUGGCGACCCACGCUUCGAAGAUGCGGCGAAGAAGGCGUUUUGGUCGGUUUGGAAAUACAGGAGCUCUGUUAAUUUGAUUGGAUCUGGCAUCGACGCCGAGACUGGCCACUGGGUGCAUAGCACGACAGGCAUUGGCGCGGGCAUCGACAGCUUCUUUGAGUACGCGUUCAAGUCGUCCGUGCUGUUGUCCGGCCUACCAUACAAUGCCUCUUCCGAGAGCGAUAAUUCUCCAGAUGCCUUCCUCCAGGUGUGGCACGAUGCUCACGCUGCCAUCAAGCAUCACGUAUAUCGUGGACCCACAUAUCAGCAUCCUCAUUACCUGCAAGUGGAUUUAUUCACUGGCGCGUUGCGGGCCUUUUGGGUGGACAGUUUGAGUGCAUACUAUCCCGGUUUGCUGACGUUAGCUGGAGAGCUGGAUGAGGCCAUCUCCACACACUUGCUAUACACGGCAAUAUGGACCAGAUACUCUGCUCUGCCCGAACGCUGGUCUACAGCAAGUGGCGGCAUAGAGAGUGGGCUGCGUUGGUGGAUCGGUCGGCCCGAAUUCAUCGAGAGUACCUGGUAUAUUUAUCGCGCUACCAAGGACCCGUGGUACUUGCAUGUUGGAGAGAUGGCCUUGCGCGACAUCAAGCGUCGCUGUUGGACUAAGUGUGGCUGGGCCGGCCUACAGGACGUAAGGAAUGGUGAACUGAUGGACCGACAAGAGAGUUUUUUUCUAGGCGAGACGGCUAAAUACCUGUUCUUGCUCUUUGAUGAAGAUCACCCACUCAACCAUCUCGACUCGCCGUUUGUCUUCACCACGGAAGGGCAUCCUCUCGUCAUUCCAAAACGCCUGAGAGCUGCAAACUCGGCUAGGAGUGAUCAACCUACGGAUUCCCAUAAUAGUUUUACUCCCUCUGUCGCCCCAACAUGUCCAACUCCUCCGCCCGUCCACCCUCUUACAGUCUCUGCUACGGCCGCUCGAGGAGAUAUCUUUCAUGCAGCGAGCCUUGCGCGUCUGCACCUGAUGCCAACGAUCGAAACUCUUGAGUCGCCUUUAGUUGAGUUCACGGCCGACCACCCUAGCAUCUCGCCUUCUGACCUGCAGUCGCCCUCAAACUACACCUACUACCCUUGGACCCUGCCACUCGAUCUUGUCCCCCCCGACGGGCAGUGCGCGCCGAUGGCAAGCCGAAUGACUUUCGAUCUAUCCUUCCCGACCUUACCUGAUGCUGCCUCAGGCUUCGGUGCGCUUCAGCGCGUAUAUAAUGGCAUUCUGGUCAAUUCAAUGAGCGGUCUGAGGCUGGGAAUGGUAAAAGAGAGCCCUGUUAACGCACCCAUGGAGAAAAUGCCCGAGCUUGAUCUGUUUCGCAUAUACGCAAUUUCAAACGUCGCGCUAGGGCGCGAUGAAAAAGUCUUCUUAACGCGCAAUCUGCUCAACAGCUUCAACCCAGGUGACCCUUACUUCACUCGCAUCAAGGACGUUCAUGGCGUUGACCUAAUAAUCGACGUGCUCAACGCACCUCAUGCCAUGUCACGUACCACAGCAGACUUCCAAAUAUCGCCGACGAACGCUAGCGCUCCCAUCAUGGCUGUUGAGGGCGAUUUUGAGGGGCUGGACGGGAAUCUGAAUCCCGGAAUUUUAUCCUCGUUGAUAAGCAACAUUCAAUCAAUGCUUUCAGAGAGCGACUUUGUGCUGGCGGAGCCUUCAAAUCACGCUGUUCUUUCUCGAGAGAUCAUAGCUGCCGCUCUGCCUUCAGGUCCAGGCGCAGCCAUUUUACCCGACAUGCAAGAACCCCUCGAUCUCGCACCUGGUGCUACAAAGUCGCCUCUGCCGUGGAGCACGAUCUAUGUGCUUGAUGACGAAUUGUGCGACCACAUUCUCGACCCUCAGAUCGUGAAAGAACAUCAGAUCCUCGUGAUUCGCCGCGGCGGGUGCAGUUUCUCCGAAAAACUGCGAAACAUACCCUCUUUCCCGCCUUCGCAGCGUGCGCUGCAGCUUGUCAUCGUGGUAUCAUUCGCCGAGCACGACCAUCUCGAGGAUGAGAUUCGUCGCGAACAUUACGACACAGAAGAGCCCCUAGUCCAGCCUUUGCUGGACCAGCAGCAGAUGACGCCAGGAGGCAUGGUGCGGCUGCAUCCGAUUCCUUUGGUCAUGGUCUCGGGCGGCGAUGACGCCAUGGAAAAGUUCAGAAGAUGCGUUGGCGUGAGCGUCAGACGGAGGUUUUGGUUCGAAAGUCAGGGCACGAGAAUUGGGAACCUCUUUGUAGUAUAAAUUCAUGAUGCCGCGGUCUUGCGCACGGCUGUGGUGUUUUGUACUAUAAUCUGCAUCAUUCUAUCUAUGACGGAACCUUUUUUUGUAACUGUCCGAACUCCGACGCAUCACGUGCAAGGACUCCUCCCAUGUCAAGACCCAGG